ACCGGAAUUUACGACAUUGGAUGCGCGAUGGGUGCUGUUGCAGCCUUCUUCUUCAGUGAAAAUUUCGGACGGAAACGCUCCAUCAUCCUCGCCAACAUCAUCGUUAUUAUCGGUGCAGCGAUUCAAACUGCCUCGUACUCGUAUGGCCAAAUGGUCGCAUCGCGCAUCAUUGCAGGCUUCGGGGUGGGUCUCAGCACAGUAGCCGUCCCGAUUCUCCAAGCCGAGACUCUGCCUUCGCACAAUCGUUGAUCUCUACUCGUCGUCCAGUCUGCUCUCAUCAUCAUCGGUGUGGCGGUUGCGUCGUGGCUCUGCUUUGCUACUUUGUAUGCUGAAAGCUCGAUGCAGUGGCGUUUUCCAAUCGCAUGUCAGAUCAUCUUCUCUCUCAUCGUCCUCAUGCUCUGCCCCUUCAUCGUGGAAACCCCUCGUUGGCUCGCAAAGCACGACCAAGUCGAGAACGCACGCCACGUAAUUGCCCGCCUCCUCGAUAAAUCCGACAACGACGCCGAAGUCACAGGCCAGCUCAACGAGAUCCUCGACACCAUCGCCACGGAAGAAGAAGACGGCGAGCCAACCUGGAACGAAGUCUUCACCAAUGCCACCAAAACACGCAACCUUCACCGCGUGCUACUCGGCAUGGGACCAUACAUGAUGAACCAGUGGAGCGGCAUCAAUUCCAUCUGCUACUACCUCGCCUUCAUCCUGCAGCAGUACCUCGGAUUCUCAGCGAACAUGUCGCUCAUCCUCGCCUCGGUGGCGUUCACACAGUACGCAGUGUUCUCCUGGCCGCCGUUCCUCUAUAUCGACCGCAUUGGGCGCCGCAAAAGCAUCAUGAUCUCCUCCGCCGGCUGCGCGGUGUGCAUGGUCAUCAUCGCAGGCUCUCUCGGCAUCAAAACUAUUAAAGCUAACAGCGCGUGCGCUGUCGCGUUUAUCUUCCUUUACAUGGACUUCUUCACGUCCGGCAUUCUCCCCGUCUCAUGGUCCUACUCCGCUGAAGUCCAGCCGCUCCGCGUACGCAACAAAUCCACCGCUAUCGGGGUUUUCAGCCACUGGGCGUCUAACUUCGUGGUCGUGAUGGUCACGCCUAUUGGUUUGCAGUCGAUUGGUGGGAACUACUUCUGGAUCUGGGCGAUCAUCUGCGCUAUUUUCGUGCCGCUGAUUUAUUUCUUUGGUGUGGAGACCUCCGGCUGAACACUGGAGCAGGUUGACCGCAUGUUCUAUGAGGAUCCGAGGGUGCUAAUGGGGUUGAAUCCGGACAACAGGGCUGUUGUUAGAGCAAGCAAGGCUGACGAGGAGGAGAGGUUUAGGGCGUUGGGAAAGCUGGAGACGGAUGAGAAGGAUGGGGUGCAGCAUCUUGAGAAUGUUCAUCAUGGGGAUUAGAAGGUGUGAGGAUAGGAAUAUGUACCGCCUGAAAAAGGGAAGGAAACUAUUAUUUAGCAUACGGAGGCCUGGUGCCUUGCUCUCUGUAUUUCGAUGUCUGGCUGUCGUUCACGUCGUCUGAUGUGCAUCUGAGAAGUGGCACCUAAAUAUCAGCCAAAGUGGCAUUUAGUAAAGUACCAUCAUCGUCUCCACA